AUGUCUACUGUCAUUCAUAAUUCUGAUGCUCGAGACUUCUCGGCGCUGACCAUUCCACUCAGUACUUUUCAAGCGGCCAUCCAAGAGUCAGCGUUUCAUUUGCACCAGUGGCAAGUCUAUGCCAAUAGGCUGCGUUACGACAACGACCGGCUGCGAAGCCAGGUCGAGCAGCUUAUAAAGCAGACUGAAGAGAUGCGCACAGCUCACAGGCUCCAGGAAGAACAGUCCCAGGGUCUGAAAGAACGCAUCUCACUCUUGGAACGACAACUAGCAGCUGGCUGUGUGUUAUCUGACGAACUCGAUUAUUUACCCACCCAGAUCAGUAGCCCGGAGACUUCAAUACACAGAACGCCAACGUACCAUCCAGCUCCCAAUCCUUCUCUUCUCGCGUACGACGAGGCUAUGGCGUUGGUGGAGGUUUACGAUCCCACGUCAAGAUAUCCGACUGGACAGAAGAGACAGGCGGACGAGGUGCUCGAGGGCGACGUCAAACGCCAGACACUAAGCAAAGACUGGCCUGAAUCUUCCAAUCAUCAUGAAGGUGCCUACUAG